CCUGCCUUUUCUGAGGUGAUAUUUUUAGGUUUAUUUUUCGUAGGCUAUUGAUAGCUUCCGAUAUAUUUUGGAAUACUACUCAUACUUAAGUAUUAAGUAGUAGAACUGUGUUAUAAUCAAGUUGAAUAGUUAGUUCUUUGUUCCUUGCUUGGGCCUAGCUUCCCACAAGUUGCUAGGUUAUUUACAGGCCUCUUAGAACUGAUUGUACGUUACCUGUAUCCUUCCAUGACACAAUUUAAAACCAAAGAAACUAUCAUUAGGAUUUAGUGAAUUUGAAUUACAGUAUGGAAGAAACAAACAUCGAAGACAGUGUUCAAAGUGACCCAGUUGAAGUCAGUGGGGAUAAGAGUACAGAAAAUGUCUCAAAUGAACCAUUUAAGAAACCUCAACUGAUAAUUGGGCCGCAGAGAGGUAAAAACGUCACAGGUAAAAAUAGAAUUUGUAGAGGUAUUGAAGAACCAGGCCCAAUUAAACAAACGCAAAGUGAAAUUGAAGAAAAUGACCAUAAAGAAAAACAAUCUGAUGAAAACUCAUCUCUAAAACCUAAUAAAGACCAAACAUCAAAUAAACCUCCUUCUAAAAUUCCUCCACUGCCCUACAUUGAACCCGAAUGGGGAGGACUUCCUUCUCGUGAAUAUAAACUUGAGGAACUGAAAAACGGGACGAUAGUCAAGACCUUAGAUCUGACACUGCGCAGUUUCCACGUUUUUGGUAGGCUGGAGAACUGUGAUAUACCCAUGCUGCACCCAACUGUUUCUCGGUACCAUGCAGUGCUGCAAUACCGAGCUGUAGCAGAUGAGGAAAACGACAUCGGCUUCUACAUUUACGAUCUCGGCAGCUCCCUUGGCACCUUCCACAACAAGCAGAAGGUUAAGCCGAAGAUUUUUGUUCGUGUCAAGGUGGGCCACAUGGUGAAGAUAGGCUGCAGUACGCGAAUGUUCAUCCUCCAAGGGCCAGAAGAAGACGAAGAACCAGAGUCAGAACUGAGCGUAACGGAGUUGAGACAGCAGCACAAGGAACGAUUGGCAGCCCUAGAGGCAGAAAAAUUGAGACUUGAGGCUGCAGAAGAAGAGAGAUUGAAAAUGGAAGAAGAAAAAGGCAUUGAUUGGGGCAUGGGCGAGGAUGCAGAUGAAGAAACCGACCUGACGGAGAAUCCGUACGCUUCAACUUUGAACGAGGAUUUAUACCUGGAGGAUCCGAAGAAAACACUACGAGGCUGGUUUGAGAGAGAGGGAGAAGAACUGGUCUAUGAUGUGGAGGAAAAGGGUUUUGGCCACUAUAUAUGCCGGAUAGAGUUGCCGGUGGACAACGGAGGUGGAGGAAACCUCGUGGCCGAGGCUAGUGUCAAAGGGAAGAAGAAGGAAGCGGUGAUACAAGCGGCAUUGGAAGCUUGUAGACUGCUGGAUAGACAAGGCCUGCUUAGACAGUCUACUCAUGAGAGUAAAAAGCGAGCAGCCAAAGAUUGGGAAGCAGUAGAUUUUUACGAUUCUGAUGAAGACAACUUCCUUGACAGAACUGGGCAGAUUGAGAAGAAACGACAAAAAAGAAUGGCACAGACUGGAAAACUGGAGACUGAAGUAGAAACUUAUGACACGUUGAGGGAGAAAUACGAAAAGCUAGUGAAGGAGUUAGAGAAUACAGAGCAUAGACUGAGCGACAUGCUGAACAUGGCUACUCACUCGGAGGCGGGGAGGGGAAGUGGAGAAACUGACGAUGAAUUGGACAACUACAUGAAAAAUCUGUCACAAACUCCAGCAGACAAGAUACAGAUCAAGAAGACAAAGGACGAAGUGGCUAGACUAAGAGUGGAGGAAGGCAGAUUGCGGAAGUUGGUAAACCUGGCUAAACCCACGGAACUUCCCAAACUGGAACCUUUUGUUGUGAAACCCAGUAAAGAGAAGAAAAAAGAACUUCCACAAGGAAGCAUUGGAAAGAGGCUUGUAAAGAAGAGACGAGGACCGCAGAUGGCAUUGCCAUUGGAGACUACGCGGCAGUCGAUGAAUGAAGCAGAAGAAGAAUUUGAAGAAGAUGAAGAGGAAGAGAUUACGGAAAAGAAAGUAGGAGGGAAAGUUAGGAUUGAAGAUGAAACAAUCCAACCAGAACAAGAAGAUCCAGUUGAUGAAGUUGAAAUAAAAAAGAAGAAAAAUAGACCAGAUAACAGAAAUAGACAUAAAAGAAAACACCAACCCCCACAGAAGGUUGAUGAGGAAGACUACAGUAACUGUACUUGGACUCCCCCAGUGGGACAAACUGGGGACGGGCGAACCAGUCUCAACGACAAACUUGGCUAUUGAACUAAGUGGAGUGGAGUGAUUAUUGUU